UUUUAUCUCUCUCUCUCUCUCUCUCUCUCUCUCUAAUAUCGGUCAUCGGACAAAAAAUUAAGGUCAUCCGUUGAGUUAAACUCGGCGAAAUUAUUGCUUUUCCCUGAAAACCAAAGACCCAAAUCUAGGCUAAACUGGCAAUUGAUCGGCUCAGGUAACUGAUCGCCAAAGUUUCAUUGUUUUUGUUUUUUAAGCUCCUAUCUUUCGCACAUUUACCUUUGAUUCUUUCCUCUAGGUAAGAAUCCACUCUCUCUCUAUCUCCUAGGAUCGUCUUUGCUUCGUUUAUCUUUUUGAUUUUUUUGCAUUCAAAACUCAAACUUUAAGAAGUGUUGUCUUAUAAUGACCCAAUCUCAUAAACCCAGAAGCUGAAAAGAGUAACUCCGGUUUUCUUUUCUUGAUUCAGCUUCUGGGUUUAUUCUGUUCUUCUCGAUUCUUUGAGAGUCACAUUUCUUUCUUUCUGGUUUUAUUUUCAAUUCAUUCCCUUUUCUGGGUCUUUUUUUGUUCUUCUUUUCAAUUCGCUAAGAAUCCCCAUUUUUUUUGUUUCUUGCUGGAAAUUUUGGAAGCUGAAAGGGGACUUUUUUUUUUUUUGGUUUCCUUUUCAAGUUUUGGCUUCUGGAUUUACUCUGUUUCUUUCUUAGAGUAUAUUUCUGAAUAGAUAGAGAAAGAGGGAAAAAAAAAAUGUCUGUUGUUGAUGUUGCCUUGAGCCCGAUUCGUAAAGAAUCAAAAUCUUUUCAUGGUUACUGCAACAAUAGCCAGCAGGGAACUACCGUCCCUGAAGAUUCAUCAAUUCUAAUAUAUCUUAGUGUUGCUGGUUCACUCAUUCCUAUGCGGGUCCUAGAGUCGGAUUCUAUAGCAUCAGUGAAGCUAAGAAUUCAGACGUGUAAAGGGUUUGUAGUUAAAAAACAAAAGCUAGUCUUUGGAGGCAGAGAGCUGGCUAGGAAUGAUUCACUUGUUCAGGAUUAUGGUGUCACUAAUGGCAAAAUUUUGCAUUUGGUUCUUAAACUAUCUGAUCUCUUGCUUAUCACUGUAAGGACUACAUGUGGAAGGGAAUUUGAGUUCCAUGUGGAUAGAUAUAGGAAUGUUGGGUAUGUGAAGCAAAGGAUAUUUAAAGAAGGAAAAGGUUUUGUUGAUGUUGUUGAGCAAGAGAUUUUUUACAAUGGUGAAAAGCUUGACGAUCAGAGGGUUAUUGGUGACAUAUGUAGCAAUAAUGAUGCUGCCAUACAUUUGUUGGUCCAAAAGUCUGCACAUGUUAGGGCUAAGCCUUUGGAGAAAGAUUUUGAGAUUUCUAUUGUGGCAGCGGAUUCUAGUGACAGAAGAGAGAGUGCAGUAGAAGGAGGAAAGAAUCAAUCUGAAGAGCUUCAGGUUCUUAAGAAGCAAUCUGGUAGAGACUUCUGGUUGAAACCAGUCAUUAUUAAUCCUAAGAUCAGAUUGAAUUCAGUUUUUUGGGACAUGGUUAACUCUACAUUUGAUGGGUUGGAAAGAGGUAAGCCGCCUAUUAGAUCAUCUGAAGGGACAGGAGGAACUUAUUUCAUGCAGGAUCCUUUAGGCCAAGAAAUUGUUUCCGUAUUUAAGCCCAUUGAUGAGGAACCAAUGGCUGUGAAUAACCCCCAAGGACUACCUGUCUCCUGUGAUGGUGAAGGGCUGAAAAGGGGCACAAGGGUAGGGGAAGGAGCAGUGAGAGAAGUAGCAGCUUACAUAUUGGAUCAUCCAAGGAAUGGUCCAAGGGCAUUAACUGGCGAAGUUAUGGGUUUUAGUGGCGUACCCCCUACUUUAAUUGUUCAGUGCUUGCAUGAAGGAUUUAACUAUCCAAAAGGUUAUGAAUAUGCACUGAAAAAUGCCAAGAUUGGAUCUUUACAGAUGUUUAUGAAAAAUGAGGGAAGUUGCGAUGAAGUAGGUCCAGGGGCUUUUUCUGUGGAAGAGGUGCAUAAGAUCAGCGUGUUAGAUAUAAGAAUGGCUAAUGCAGAUAGGCAUGCUGGGAAUAUAUUGAUUAGCAAAGGGAAAGAUGGUCAGACAGUGCUCAUUCCAAUUGAUCAUGGCUAUUGUUUGCCUGAAAAAUUUGAAGAUUGCACAUUCGAUUGGCUCUACUGGCCGCAAGCUCACCAGCCUUAUUCAGCUGAGGUCGUUGACUACAUAAAUUCACUGGAUGCUGAGCUUGAUAUCUCACUUCUGAAAUCUCAUGGGUGGAACUUUCCUCUUGUGUCUGCCCGCACCCUUCGCAUCUCCACCAUGCUUCUGAAGAAAGGAGUAAAAAGAGGCCUCACUCCAUUUGCCAUUGGAAGUAUCAUGUGCAGAGAAAACCUGAGUAAAGAAUCUGAGAUUGAGGAGAUUGUUCGUGAAGCUGAGGAUUCCCUACUCCCUGGCAUGGGUGAAACUCUGUUUCUUGAAACUGUCUCCAAGAUCAUGGAUUCCCGGCUCGACAAACUCGUAAAGUAAAGUUGCCUCAGGUCAUGGAUUCUGUGACUUGACGGGCUCAUAAAGUAAUUUUCAUAUGGCAUAUAGGUAUAUAUAUGUAUGUAUUAAUUGAAUUAGCAGUCCAUUUUUAGAUGGACUGAAAUGAUGUAUCAGAUGUGGAUGGCUUAUCUUCUUAUGCAUGAGCCUGAAGUUUUCCUUUUUCUGUUUACUUUCACUUCUGUCGACCGAUACUUGGGGUUGUAUUGAGUGCUGUACAGAAGUUUAAAACCAUGAAUAAUAUAUGUUAUGGUUAGAAUAUA